AUGAUUUAUCCUUACAUGAACAAAAACACAAACAACAAAUAUGACACAACAGAAGCUGAAACGGAGCAAGCCACUCUAUCAUAUCCAAGAUAUAAAGUCAACUUGUUAGAAGAUGACAGUAUUAAAUACCUCUACCAACGACGUAUCAAGCAUCAUUUACAGAAAGAACAACCCAAGCAUACUAUUGAAGAAGAACAUACCCGAAUUACACAAGCCGUACAUCAAGCAAUGCAGGAAGCUGUAGGAUAUAAGGAGCAAAUCAAGAACCAACCUAUAUGGAUGACGGAUAAGCUUGAAGAGAAGAUAAGUGAAAAGAAGUUGAAUUAUAAUAACUGGUUAGGAAAUCCAACAGAUGAAAAUUGGUUAGCAUAUAAGAAGUUACAAAAGGAAGUUCGACAACAAGUAACCGAGGAAAAGAAUAGUAUGUGGGAAAGAAAAUGCAAUGAUAUUGAGACUUACAUUGGGGGAUUUCGAUCUACGGAAGCAUGGAGAACUCUGAAAGGGAUGAAAGCAAAUACGCGUGAACGAUGGACGGGAACUAUAUCUUUAAGUGAUUGGAGGGAACAUUAUGAAAACCUAUUAAUAGAGCAACGACCACAGUUUUUACAAAACAAUGAAGCCGUCACUAUUACAGAAGCUAGAACAAAUAUAUCGAUCGAGGAAGUUAAUCAAGCCUUGGUGUCUAUGAAAAACGGUAGAGCUCUAGGACCGGGUGGUAUUAUGGCUGAAAUGCUAAAAUAUGGCGGAGAAUGUCUUAUAACAGAAAUAACAAACUUAAUGCAGAUGUGUGUAGAUCGGAAUAAAAUACCUAAUGAAUGGAAGUUAGCCUAUAUCACUUCUAUAUAUAAAAAAGGGAACAGAAAAGACCCGAAUAACUACAGAGGUCUUAGUGUGAAUUGCACCUUCAGCAGACUUUUUACAAAAAUAAUUAGAAAUAAGUUAGAAAUAUCUACAUACAACAAAAUCAGUCAAGAGCAGAGUGGCUUUACUGCAGGGCGUUCGUGUAUAGAUAAUCUAUUUACUAUCCAACAACUGAGAGAAAAACGGAAUUCACGUGAAGAAGAUACGCAUCUAGCUUUUGUAAACCUUCAAAAAGCUUACGACUCCAUCCCCAGAGUUAAACUAUGGUACAUACUGGAACAACUUGAUGUGGAUGAAUGUCUCAUAAAUUUAAUUAAGGUGCUGUACAACAACAACACAGCUCGUGAUAAAAAGCGGUAA